AUGGCAAUUGCACUGGCGGAAUCAGACAAAUAUGAGGUGCUGGAGAAGAUUGGGAGUGGUUCUUUUGGCAUCAUUCGGAAGGUGAAGAGGAAAACCGAUGGAUUUAUUCUAUGCCGCAAGGAAAUCAAUUACAUCAAGAUGUCGCAGAAGGAGCGUGAACAGCUCACUGCCGAAUUCAACAUCCUGAGCUCGCUCCGGCACCCGAACAUCGUGGCGUACUACCAUCGAGAGCACCUGAAAGCGAGUCAAGAUUUAUACUUGUAUAUGGAGUACUGUGAUGGGGGUGACCUGAGCAUGGUCAUCAAGAACCUGAAAAAGGCCAACAAGUACGCAGACGAGGACUUUGUGUGGCGCAUUCUAUCACAGCUGGCCACUGCCCUGUACCGCUGCCAUUAUGGCGCUGAUGCACCAGAGGUGGGAUCAAAUAUUCUUGGGCCAUCGCCAAAACCCUCCGGUCUUAAGGGGAAACAGGCUCAGGUCAUGAUUCUUCACCGCGACCUGAAGCCAGAAAACAUCUUCCUGGGUGGCGACAACACGGUUAAGCUUGGCGACUUCGGCCUUUCCAAGCUGAUGCAUUCCCAUGACUUCGCCUCGACCUACGUCGGGACCCCGUUUUACAUGUCUCCCGAAAUCUGUGCGGCGGAAAAAUACACCCUCCAGUCUGAUAUCUGGGCAGUUGGUUGUAUCAUGUACGAGCUGUGCCAGAGAGAACCCCCGUUCAAUGCCAGGACGCACAUCCAGCUUGUCCAAAAAAUCAGAGAGGGCAAGUUUGCACCGCUCCCAGACGUUUACUCUCCAGAGUUGAAGAAUGUCAUUGCGAGCUGCCUACGAGUCAACCCUGAUCACCGCCCAGACACCGCAACCCUACUCAACCUUCCCAUUAUCCGCUUGAUGCGCAAGGAGAGAGAGGUUGUAGAUGUCGGGAAAACGCUCCGGAAGCGUGAGGAGGUCGCCAUACAAAAGAUGAAGGAGAUGGAGCAGGCAUUUGCGAAGGUUGAAAAGGAGAGGCAGCAGAUGAGAAGCGAAAUUGAAAGCACCGUGCGGCGAGAGUGGGAAGUCAAGGCUCGGCUCGAGAUCGACCGGCAAGUCCAGAUGGAACUCGAUAGGUUGCGUAAACGAUUCGAGUCUGAGGUUCAGGACAAAGUUGCAGCUGAGUUGGAGAAACUCAAGAAGACUAGGGAGGAUACAGCAUUCCGGACCAGCGCACAUGGAUCUCAAUCGUCAACCAGCACGAGUGAAGAAAGCGAUCUCUCCUCUGCAACAGAUAUCACCAACCUGUCACUGGAAUCCCCGACAUCGAACAUGAAGCCUUUAAAGAAAGAGACUCGUACCCCCUUCACACGCUCAAAGACCGUGAUCGAAUCCCCUAUAGACGUGCAGAUGGCCGAGCCUUCCCCAAUCUCUAUUGCUUCUCUUUCGUUAUCUCCUCGCCGCACGUCGGGGACUUCAUCUGGUAAAAAUAUCUUCGCCGAAGCUGAACGGCAAAAAGCCAAAUGGGAGCCAACGUUGGCUUACUCCGAUGAUGAAGAUGACACUCCUGACCUGCCAUCCCCAACCCGUCCGAAGGUGAAACCGGAUCCGUUCAAAGCUCCUCACCGACCUCUGCUUCGUCAGAACACAGCCGCCAUGAUGCAGAAAUUAAGCACACAGCCCCCGCUCUUCCCCUCAAAUUCUUCGAGGCUUCCUCAAAUGUCCACUGGCAUGGCGACAUCUAGCGAGACUCGUCAUAAUCUCGGCGAGUCUAGAGAGCCCAGGCAGCGCUCUCCGCACCGCCGUUUGUCGAAAAUACCGUCCUCGGCCAACCUUGCCGCUGAUGCUGGAUCUCCAACCCGCAAGUCUGCCAGCAAGCAGCAUUCAUCGAAAUCAAAUGGCGGCGGAGAGGAGAUGUUCAAGGCCGUUAUGCAGCGGAAUAUGGGUGGUCGGACCUUGGUCGAGCUCGCGCAGGCAAGGGCCGGUGGGCGUCCCGUGGAUGAAUUCAAACGCUGCGCCAGCGACUCUCGUGCUUCAACCAGCUCUGCAAUGAAAGCUUCAGCGAGAGAGCCGCCCGCAGUAUGGGAUCCAGAACGAGAUGAGAUGCCAAGUCCUUUCCUCGCCCGUGGGAAGAAGGUCAUUCGCAACCUCCGGUGA